AUGGCUUCUCCAUCAUCACAGAUUACUCUCAAGAACCCAAAAUUCUUCACUUCUUCUCCUCACAACAUCUUCAGUAUCAAACCCAAGACUCUAAUAUUGUCAAGAAAGAUCAAUACUUGUUCCGUUAUUUGCUCAUCUUCAUGCACAAACAUAUCUCAACAGAAGCUGCCACAGAAACAAAACCUUGUUUCAGAAAACAAACAAGAAGAAGCACAAGAAGCAAGACUUGAAGAAGAAGAAGUGGAACUUCGAGAGAUUUGGAGAGAAAUACAAGGUUGUAAUAACUGGAAAGGACUACUAGAUCCAAUGAACAACCAUCUUCGAAGAGAGAUUAUACGUUAUGGAGAAUUCGCUCAAGCUUGCUACGACUCAUUCGACUUUGAUCCUCACUCUAAAUACUGCGGCUCUUGCAAAUACCAUCCUUCCGAUUUUUUCUCAAACCUUGACCUGAAUCUCCACAAAGGCUACACCAUAACACGUUACCUCUACGCAACAUCCAACAUCAACCUCCCAAACUUCUUCCAGAAAUCAAAACUCAACAAGAUUUGGAGCCAACACGCGAACUGGAUGGGUUACGUUGCUGUAGUUACGGACGAAGAUGAGGUGGCUCGGCUCGGGAGACGUGAUAUAGUCAUCGCUUGGAGAGGCACAGUCACUUAUCUCGAAUGGAUCUAUGACUUAAAAGACAUUCUCUGUUCAGCUAACUUCGGUGCCGACCCUUUAAUCAAGAUUGAAUUAGGGUUUCAUGACUUAUACACCAAGAAAGAAGAUUCUUGCAAAUUCUCUUCCUUUUCCGCUCGAGAACAGGUUUUAUCAGAAGUCAAACGGCUUCUCGAGUACUACGGUUCGGGAGAAGAAGGUCACGAGCUAAGCAUCACCGUGACAGGUCACAGCCUUGGCGCAGCUCUUGCUUUGGUCAGUGCUUAUGAUAUCGCGGAGCUAAACUUGAAUCACAUACCAGAGAAGAACAACAAUAAAGUCCCAAUUAGUGUGUUCUCCUUCUCAGGACCUCGUGUAGGUAACUUGAGGUUCAAGGAACGGUGCGAAGAAUUAGAGAUCAAAGUGUUGAGGGUGGUAAACGUGCACGACAAGGUACCUUCCGUUCCAGGGAUAUUCGCAAACGAAAAAUUCCAGUUUCAGAAGUAUGUAGAGGAGAAAACAUCAUUCCCAUGGAGCUACGCGCACGUUGGCGUAGAGCUUGCCUUGGACCACAAGAAAAGUCCGUUUCUGAAACAGACUAAGGAUUUGGGAUGUGCUCAUAACCUAGAAGCUUUGCUUCAUUUGGUGGAUGGAUAUCAUGGAGAAGAAGAAGAAGAAAAGAGGUUUUGUUUAGUGACAAAGAGAGACAUAGCUUUAGUGAACAAGAGCUGUGAUUUCUUGAGAAGUGAGUACCAUGUGCCGCCUUGUUGGAGACAAGACGAGAACAAAGGGAUGGUCAAGACCGGAGAUGGACGGUGGGUUUUGCCGGAUCGACCACGUCUCGAGCCUCACCGACCGGAGGAUAUCACACGUCAUCUUCAACAGGUUCUUGGGAAGGUUAAUAACGAUGAUGAUCCUAAGCCCAUAACGGCUUAG